CAACCGGAUCCUUCCAUAUAACCAACUACCCCCAACCAAACGCUAAGGUCCACGCUUUUACGCCGCCUGAAUCUCCGAUUAACUGACCGGAAAUUCUCCGGCGAAGAUGCUCAAAUUCCCGGAGCCUCGUCAAUCGACGACUAUAUCUUCGAGCUGAGGAGAAAAUGCCUCCAAAUUUCUCUCGCCGUCGCCGCAUCACUCACCGCACCUCAUUCCGAUGGCCAUUUCAAGUAUUAAGCGAGUUGCACGAUCCAUUUUCCCGAGUGCGAGGACUUGGUGUUGUGCGAUAAAUCGCUGUCGAAAAUCGUCUCCAAUUAAACUCAGGUACUACUCUUCCAGCAGCACUGCUCCUCAUGGAUGGAUUUCCUCUCGUAUGUUACAUGAAGUUAAGGAGAUGUUAUGGAAGAGUAGAGGAUGUAAAAGCAUCCAUGUAUCAUCUACUACAAGUUAUAUGCUUUCUUAUAGCGCCCAAAUUGCAUGGAGAGGGCUUUUGGAAUUAUAUUCGUAUAACGGACCAAUUAUCCCGCCCAUAAGUAGGAUAGCACGUGCAGUAAGCCUUGCCUUGUCUCGUUCACACCUAGUGGCACCCGGAAUUCUGGCCUUAAUUAUCAGAGAGAUAGCAUCGAAUGAAAGAGAUAUGGCACAUGCAGAGUACCUUCCGACAAAGGAUACUGUGUACAUGCAUGCACAAGGUGGGCGUGUUUACGUGACUUCGCUAAUCUUUUCUCUGUUAGAGGGAGUUGUACUGGUUAUACGAGCCAUAUAUUUGGCCGCUUUGUUCUCUCCUUGCGUAAUAAUGGCUCCUUUUGCUGAUUCCCUUGGCGUUGAGUUUAGGAGGUCAUGGCUCAAAGUGGUUCGUGUAACAUUAGAAAGAGCUGGCCCAGCAUUUAUCAAAUGGGGCCAAUGGGCUGGAGCAAGGCCUGAUCUUUUCCCGAAUGAUCUGUGUAAUGAGCUCGCUGAGCUUCACAGCAAAGCACCGGCACAUAGCUUUGCGUAUACGAAAAGCACUGUCGAAAAGGCAUUCGGCCGCAAACUGGCUGAAAUUUUCGAUAACUUUGAAGAGGAGCCUGUGGCAUCUGGCAGCGUAGCUCAAGUUCAUCAAGCUACGCUGAGAUUCAGAUAUCCUCGAGUGCAGGUUAAGCCGAUGCUUGUUGCUGUGAAAGUUAGACAUCCUGGUGUUAGUGAAGCAAUCCGUAGAGAUUUCAUGUUGAUUAAUUUAUUUGCGAAGGUCUCGAAUUUUUUCCCUGCGCUGAAAUGGUUGAGACUGGAUGAGAGCAUACAGCAAUUUUCUGUUUUCAUGUUGUCGCAAGUUGAUCUUGCGAGGGAGGCAGCUAAUUUGAGUCGGUUUACUUAUAAUUUCCGUCACUGGAAGGAUGUAUCGUUCCCGAAACCUCUUUAUCCUCUGGUACAUCCAGCUGUUCUUGUGGAAACUUUUGAGCAUGGAGAAAGUAUCCUACAUUAUGUCGACAAGAUCAAAGGACAGGAACACAUUAAUACUGCACUUGCUCAUAUUGGGACACAUGCACUCCUAAAGAUGCUCUUGGUAGAUAACUUCGUCCAUGCAGACAUGCAUCCGGGGAACAUUAUUGUAAGAGAAUUAGAGAGCAAUAGUUCAGGGAAAUCUCUGUUUAAAUCAAGACCUCACGUCAUUUUCCUUGACGUAGGGAUGACUGCGGAACUCCCUCGUAAGGACAGAGACAAUCUAGUGGAGUUCUUCAAGGCUGUUGCCCUUCGUGACGGCCGUGCUGCUGCUGAGUGCACACUGAGACUAUCUAACAAGCAAAACUGCCCGUAUCCAGAGGCAUUCAUCAAGGAAGUGGACAAUACUUUCAAGUUUUGGGGCUCGGACGAAGGCGGUUUAUUUCACCCGGCUGAUUGCAUGCAACAAAUGCUCGAACAAGUCAGGCGCCACAGAGUCAAUAUUGAUGGCAAUAUUUGCACUGUCAUCGUAACUACCAUGGUGUUGGAGGGAUGGCAGCGGAAGCUUGACCCAGAGUACGACGCGAUGCAAACGUUGCAAAAAUUGCUUUUCAAAGCCGAUUGGGUGGAUUCUCUCUUCUAUACAAUCGAAGGAGUCAUGGCCCCAUAAGCGUUGGUGAAACGACAUUUGUAGAUGAUGAAACCAUCGGAAAAGAACGAACGAAGAUAUCAUCAACGCUGCACUCAAUGAGGUUUUUUAAGCUCUAACCUCAAAUCUUCUCCUCCCACCUUUUUUCCCUACCGGUUUCAGUUCCCGAAAAUGUUGGUUUAUGAUUUGUUAAUAUAGGGCUAUCACAAAGUACACAUCAGGUUGUAAUAACAUUGUACUAUUUUUGCUUCUUAUAGUUAAAAGUUAAAACACAGCUUCACUGGUUGUACUGAAAUUGUGUGUGUAGUACGCACCACUUGACAUUUUUUCUGUAUAUUGUAAAUUCAACUCUUGUCACGUGGAAGCAACAAAGUAUUGGAGUUGUAAAAAUGGGGUGGAGAUGGAAAGGCAUUUAUUUUCGAAUUCCUAGAUUUCCGAUCCGUUUUCUUUGUUUUUUUGAACAAUGUUUUUCAUUCCAAAAAUUCUGAUUUGUAAUUUAUUUAUUUUUUUGA